ACACACACACACACACACACACACACACACACACACACACACGCAGAUUUUUAGUUCUAUUUACAGAGUUGUAUUUUUGUAGGUUUUCCAGUUCCCUCGUUUGGGAUUUAAAUCAGCCCCUUGAACGAUGAAAAGUUUCCUCUUUAUACUAACUACUCCUUAAUCAGGUACUCACAAUGGUUCCACAUCCUCUGCAGGACUCACUGUUCUUGUUUAUGCCGGUGGAUUGCCUUGAGCAGAAACAGAGUCUCUGAGAAAACGCACUCGACACGAUGAGAGCUUUAUAAGUCAACUGAACUGAACUGUGAUGAAAGUCCCUUUAUCGAACAAAACAACUACUGUGGUUUACUACUAAUACAUUUCAGCUACUAUAACUAUUUGAAAUCUGAUGCUUUUAAGCCAUUCAUACAAAGAACAGUCUAAUACAGAAAAUGAAAAUGCUGCAUCUCCAGUUGAUUUAAAUAUUUGAACAUGUAAGGCUGGUUUAAAGUUUCGGCAAUUUGAUUUGAGCCCAAAAGUAGACUAAUACUGAAAAAACAAGGACUUUUGGAUGAAAGCAGCAAAGUCAAAUUAGGACAAAUGUCAAAUGUAUUGAUGAAAAUUGAGCUCUUAACCCUUUUGAUUUAUUUGUCCAAUAAAAAUCAUACUUGUCAGUGUGUGACACCAAAUUUUAGAUGCUAUCUCAGAAGAUUCUUAGCUUUUUUUAAAGUCUAGGACUUCAGAUGAGAUUGACAGGGAAACAAUUUUUUCUUUCUCAGCAGGUAAAUGUACAUAAAGGCCGAAAAAAGGCGUUAUUUUUUCACAUCGUUUGCAGAGCGAAGUUGUGUUUUUCUCUUUUCUUGCUAGUUAACUUUCCAACAAACGUCUUUUCUCAGAUUGUCGGAGCGCUACUUGGAAAGUGCAUAAGUUUUCAUCACGCUUCUUGAUGUGUUUUGAUUUGCUGAAGAAGGAGGCUAAAGCUUUCCUCCGUCCCGUAGUCAGAGUAUAAAUACUGAGUGGAAUCUCAUAGCUUGAAUGCAACUAUUCCUCUAAGACUGUCGUGAGGUUGCCAGAACUCAUAUUUCCUGUGUAAAGAAAGUUGCUCCCUCGAAGAACCCGAAAAAAGGAAGAUAGAGGCGAGCAGGAGGUUCUGCACGGAGAAGACACGCCUGCAGCUCUGCAAUCCAAGAAAGAGAGAAACUAACACCACAGAAAGUUAAGAGUAAAACUAAAGCAGAGAUGCCUGAGACUUCCGUUGAGACCGUGAGAUGUGGACAAAAUCGUACUCUGCCAAAACCUGAGAGAAGCAAACACCUGGAGGAGCCACACCCUCCUUCUCAGACUCCUCCUCCUCAGGAGAGGGAUGUGGCUCCACCCACCACAGGAAGUCAGAGUUCAAGCAGCACAGGAGUCAUUAGGCAGAAGCAGCAGAGACCGUCUGUGCUGCGUCAACUUUCCCAAACAGCUUCCAGACGACAACACGCUCCUCCGGGACACAGUGCAGCCGUUUCUGUUUGUAAAGAAGAGGUGGACGCAGGCCGUUUCUUGCACUCCUCCUCCUCUCCAGGGCAGAGCCAUUACUUCUUCUCCUCGAGGAGAGAGGGGGCAAAGCAGAGCUCCACUGAUGCCAGGCUUCAUGACGGCAUCCCUGAGGCGACCAGUGCUCUGUUUGUGAGCGGCUUCUGUUGCUGGCCCGGCUGUGAUGCAGUGACCGAAGACUUCCACAGUUUCCUGAAACACCUUCGCUCUGAACACAGCCACAGCGACAGAAGCGUCGCUCAGUGGAAGGUGCAGAAGGAUAUCGUUCAGCGCAUGGAGAGUCAGCUCAUCCUGGAGAAACAGAAACUCGUUGCGAUGCAGCUCCACCUGCACCUCUCUGAGCACAAGCACAAUGAUCUGAAGGCGUCUUCUGAUUGGCCGUACAGCCUCCCUCUGUACGUACCUCAGCCUCUGGUGACAGAUGGAGAGGCAGUGCAGCAGUGGGCUCUGAAACACCUGGAGGAGAUGUCCCAGCAUGGACCCAGAGCAGCUGCUUCUUCACACUUUCUCCCUGAAUUGAUCCCCAGUAUUGAAUUUUACAAAUACAACAACGUCAGGCCUCCGUACACCUACGCGUACCUGAUCAGAUGGUCCAUCCUGGAGUGUCCUGAUAACCAGCGCACCCUGAAUGAGAUCUACAACUGGUUCACCACCAUGUUCUUCUACUUCAGACACAACACUGCUACCUGGAAGAAUGCAGUGCGUCACAACCUCAGCCUCCACAAGUGUUUUGUGCGAGUGGAGGGAGGGAAGGGAGCGGUUUGGACAGUGGAUGAAACAGAGUACCAGAGGAGGAAGGGACAGAAGUAUCACAGGGACGGUCCUGUGAAAUGGCUCAAGUCCUACUCUCAUUACUGUCCUGAGGAGCCAUGAGCGCCAACAGGUGACAGCACUGAGCUGAGUUAAAGAUGGCGGUAUCGUUUGUUGGAUUAUCUGAAGUUUUGUACAUAAACCAGCAGUUUUUUAUACCUCUGAUUUUUUUGUUCUAUAAAAAGAUGUUGAAUAAAUGUGUAGGUGUUUUGAUUGAUGUCA